UAUUCAUAGAUUAAUCUUCAACCAAAUGACCACCGUGCUAUUAAAGAAGCAAUUGAUGAAAUCCGUACCUUUGAAGGGAUUAAACAUCCAAACUUGAUUCGUUACUAUGGAGUUGAAAUUCAUAGAGAGGAGAUGCUGAUAUUUAUGGAAUACUGCAAUGAAGGCUCUUUGGAAAGUGCUGCACAGCUUAAUAUUCCAGAGAGUCUGGUUAGGAAAUACACCCGACAACUGUUAGAGGCUGUUAGUGUUCUUCAUGAAAAUGGAAUUGUACACAGAGAUAUCAAAAGUGCUAAUAUAUUUCUUUCUUCUAAUGGAGUUUUGAAAUUGGGUGAUUUUGGCUGUUGUAUAAAACUUAUGAACCAUACAACCAUGCCAGGAGAAUUGUGUGGCCUUGUUGGAACGCCAGCAUAUAUGGCUCCAGAAGUAUUUACACGCAACAUAACAGAAGGCCAUGGUAGAGCAGCUGAUAUUUGGAGUGUGGGCUGUGUUGUUCUGGAGAUGAGUUCAGCUCGUAGACCUUGGCAUGAUUUGGAAAAUAGCUAUCAGAUUAUGUUUCGCGUAGGCAUGGGAGAAGUUCCAGAAAUUCCUGACAGUCUUAGUGAAGAAGGACAAGAUUUCUUGGACCACUGCCUACAGCAUGAUCCUCAAAAUCGUUGGAGUGCAAGCCAACUUCUGGACCAUCCAUUUACUAAGGUGAAUGAAGAGGAUGAUGGAUGAGAAUUGAAAUAUAUGUUUAGUAGAUACCUUUUUAUUGUUAGUGUUUCUUCAGACAUAAAGUUUUGUAGGAAGGAUAUCAAAAUGAAAGCUAAUAUAAUCCACCAGAUUCUGCAUACGUAGUUGGAGAUCAUCAGAUGGUUUUAUUUCUGGAAAAAACUGACCUGACUAUUGAGAAGAUGACAAAUCAGUUAUAAAUAGCUUGUUUAACAAUAUUUUCUUCUCCACCUCAUUGUUAAAAACUGAGACAGAAACUUGGCUAAACUGUAGUAAUAUUUCACUAGAUAGUGCAAGUUCGAUUUGUGAAAGUAAGAUAAUUGUGUGCUAGUUAAAUUUCUUAAUUACUAUUAAGUUUCAAAUUAACUCUCCAUUAAAAAUGUUCUUGUUGGCUUUCAGUUCUAAAGUUCUAAAUAACUCAGACAUUUCUGGACAAAUAUUCUAAACUGCAAGUUCUGCCAUAUAAUAUGUGCAUAAUUUUGUAUAAUUACAGUUGUGUAAACACUAAAGAAUACACAUUUUGGGCGUAGUUGCUGAACUUCUAGCUUAAUAACUAAUUGUAACACAGUGUGGAAUGAAGUAUGAAGUUUUCUUAGUUUCAUUGUCUUACAAGUGCAAAGGGUGAAGUUGUAUACUAGUCUUAGUUUUCAUUUUUUGAAGAAAUCUGAAUGAAAGAUGUUUUUUCCUGAAAAUAUUGUUACAAUCCAAACUAACUCAGAUGGUUGUGAUAGAAACUUUGUUACUUAUUACAAGUAUGAUUAAUUUAGAUCUGAUUUACAUUUUUUGUCCAUUUAUACAUUUUCUUUUAUACCUUUUUACAUCUUACAAAAUAUUCACAGCUAAAACUUUUUUAUUGAUUUCUGCUAGAGUUCAUAGAUAAUACUUUAAUUCUUUUGCAGCAAAUUGCUUGUCACUGAAACGCAUAAAAAGCAGUGUAGGGUUAACAAUUUUGUAUUCAUCGUUGGCAACUAACUUUAGUAACCAUCAAUUUAUAAAAUCUGCACUGUGCACUUUUGAAAUAACUUGUAGGUUUUAAUUUGUAUAAUAUGCUGUAAAGUGUAAGAGGUAUCAUACUAUAGUGUGAUUUGGGAUUAAAAGACUGAGUUGCAUAAAGAACAUAAAACAGUCCAGGUUCAUUAUGCUAGGUAAUAGAUGUAGUCUCUACUAUCUGAUGUAACAUUUUUUUAUGUGGCAUUCAAAUAGUAUACAGUAAAAAUGUUUUGUAAAUUUCAUAAUUACCUGUACAUCUAUUUGAAUAAAUGGAAGGGUUUCAAAUGUUGUAAUAAACAAUGUAGAAUGGAUUCAAUACUUUAUGUAUACUGUAAUGAAGUUAGUGAAAGAGAUUUUAAAUGCUUUGUGUGUGAGCUAUAGUUCAGAGAAUGUACUGAUUUUAAAUCCAUACCUGUAAUCCAAUUAAGUAAAUGUAAAGCUGUAAAUCCUUUCUGCACAUUUGUGUGUUAUGUAGUUCAGAGAAUGUACUGAUUUUAAAUCCAUACCUGUAUUCCAAUUAAGUAAAUGUAAAGCUGUAAAUGCUUUCUGCAUGUUUGUGUGUUCUUUAGUUCAGAGAAUGUACUGAUUUUAAAUCCAUACCUGUAUUCCAAUUAAGUAAACAUAAAGCUGUAAAUGCUUUGUGUGUGAGCUGUAGUUCAGAGAAUGUACUGAUUUUAAAUCCAUACUUGUAUUCCAAUUAACUAAAUGUAAAGCUGUAAAUGCUUUGUGUGUAAGCUGUAGUUCAGAGAAUGUACUGAUUUUAAAUCCAUACCUGUAUUCCAAUUAAGUAAACAUAAAGCUGUAAAUGCUUUGUGUGUGAGCUGUAGUUCAGAGAAUGUACUGAUUUUAAAUCCAUACCUGUAUUCCAAUUAACUAAAGGUAAAGCUGUAAAUGCUUUCUGCAUGUUUGUGUGUUCUGAAGUUCAGAGAAUUUAAGGGGUUUAAUUAUAACGUGUAUUCUAUGUACACCAGUAGGGCAACAGUAAGUCCACAGACUUGCAAUGCUACAAUCAGGGGUUUGAUUCCCCCACAGUGGACACAGCAGUUAGCCUAUUGUGAUUUGCUAUAAAAAACAAGCAAACUGUACUCUAAUGAAGGUAAUGAGAGGCUUUAAAUAAUGUCUUAAAAAAUAAUAAAGUGAAUACUUUGUGUGUAAUGUAGUACGUAAACUGAGUUUGUUUCAGUGGAAAUGGUUUGUUGGUUCAGAAAUAGUUGGAUACUGAAGUAGGGAGAAAUCAGUACUUUGUAUAUGCUGUAAUGGUGAGGGAAUGGAAGAGAAUAGAAUUUUUGUAUGUUGGUGUAAUGGAUGAGAUGAAUUAAGCAUAGUGGAUUUCUGGUGAUUGUAAUAUAAAGAAUGACAUCAUUUCAACGAUUAAAGUGUGAAGAGAAAAUGAUUGUGCACAUUUCUAGUUAGGUCAGUAUGAAUAUUUUCAAUAUUUUAAGUGUAUAGCAUAAUGAACAAGAUAUCUUCAAUCUUUUUUAGUGGAAAACUAAAAUAAUGUAAAAUAUUUCAUGUAUUUUCUGGUGAGAAUCGGUAUAAUUUCACUAUUUCUAUGUAUCUAUAUAUGAAAAUAUUGAGGUAUUUUGUACAAGUAUGUCGGAGAGUGGAAGGGUGAGAAACUAGACUUAAUUUACACAUAGUGAAAUGAAUAGGUUUAGACUGUAUAUGUAGUGAGAGGGUGAGAAAGCAUACUUUGUAUAUUGUAGAGUGAAUGAAGUGAUGUUUGGACUGCAUACAUAAUAGAAUGGUAAGAAAGUACACUUUUUGUGUUGUUGAGUGAAUGGAGUGGUGUUUGUAAUGUAUACAUAAUGGAAGGGUGAGAAAGCAUACUUUUUAUUAUAUUGUAGAGUGAAUGGAGUUGUGUUUGUAAUGUAUACAUAAUGGAAGGGUGAGAAAGCACACUUUUUAUUAUAUUGUAGAGUGAAUGGAGUUGUGUUUGUAAUGUAUACAUAAUGGAAGGGUGAGAAAGCAUACUAUUAUAUUGUAGAGUGAAUGGAGUUGCGUUUGUAAUGUAUACAUAAUGGGAGGGUGAGAAAGCACACUUUUUGUGUUGUUGAGUGAAUGGAGUUGUGUUUGUAAUGUAUACAUAAUGGAAGGGUGAGAAAGCACACUUUUUAUUAUAUUGUAGUGUGAAUGGAGUUGUGUUUGUAAUGUAUACAUAAUGGGAGGGCAAGAAAGCACACUUUUUAUUAUAUUGUAGAGUGAAUGGAGUUGUGUUUGUAAUGUAUACAUAAUGGAAGGGUGAGAAAGCAUACUUUUUAUUAUAUUGUAGUGUGAAUGGAGUGGUGUUUCGAUUGUAUCAUGUAUGUUUUUGUUAGAAAAGAAAUGGACUAGUUUCAGUACUUUAUCUUUAUAUGCAAACAAGAUUGGUAUCUAUUGUUCAUCCUGUUUAUAUAGUCUUAAAAAUUAAUUGGCACUAGUAUGAUAUCAAAAUGUUAGUGCUACAAAUGUCAUGUUUUGUCUGAAAAUUGCAAUUUAAAACAUAUGUAAUAGAUAAUUUUUACUAAAGCACAAGGAAUAUUAAAUGUUUGGAAAUGGUAAAAAGAAUAUAACUAUACCAGAAAUUAUUUUCUUUGAAACUUAAAGAAGUUAAUGGAAAAGCUGAUCUCUGCUAUUGAAGAAAAUUCUGUAAUUUUUUAUUUGUGUUAGAAAUUACAGUAAAAAUAUUAGCUUGAAAGAUUUUCAAAAACAUUUUUGAUUUAAAACUUAACUUUUUAUGCUAAUUUCUGUGUACAUUUUUCCAGUUGAAUUCUGUUCUUGAGAUAAGUAUUAGAAUGUUACCACCAACAGAGUCCUUUCUUGGAAGGGUUUGAAACUUAAAGAAAAUUAUGAAGUGGUGGCUGUGCAAUUUUAAAAAAGACUAAUGAAUAUGUAACUUGCACACGUAAAAUGUUAUUAAAAGCGGGAUUCCUAUAAUAAACUUUAGGACAGUGUGGUAUUGUAAGCUGAUAUCUUCUAGCUUCAUUAUGUUGAGCAUCAAAGCACUUUGUUUGGUAGAAUCUUUCUUUAGACUAUGAUCAAUUAAUAGAUAUGACUUGAAUCAUACAGUUAAAGUUGAUUCUUUUGCUUAAUGCCUUGUUAAUUUGAUAUUCAUACAUAAUGCUAUUUACUUGGCAGCCUAUAUUAUCUUAUUCAGGAUGAAAGAGUGUAAUAUUUCAUAGUUUUCUGUGAUUCUGUUCUAUGAAAAAUUUGUCUUCUAUGAAGGUUUUUUUUGUAGAAAGUCAGCAAGUAAUAAACCUGGUAAGUAAUGUAAGCAUAGCCACAGUACUGGUACUAUUAAAUUAUAUGGAAAAGUAUAACAAGGACUAGAAUAAUUGAGGGUAGUAGAAAAAGCAAGAAACAGUGUUAAUGUAAUGCAAUUUUCACAUAAUUGUCAAAUGGAAAUUGAUUGUACAUGUUUUUCAGCAUAAACAUAAUGUGAAAAUAUAUGGGGAAAGAGUUUUAAUAAAUUCAAAAAUUUGUGAAAGAAGCCUUAGAAAAAUAUUGACAAGAUGUUGAUAUAUCUAGGAACAACAUAUCUAACAUCUUCCUAAUUUAGCAACACCUCCAUAUUAUGUGAUUUUUUUCUAGGGCUUAAUAAUGCAACACAAAGAGAUUUAGCAAGACCAAUAUAUUGAUGGUAAUUUUCUUUUGUUGUUACUAUCUCAAUAUGAUUAGUUCUUGGUACUGAACACAAGAUGUUUAGUGUUUAAAACACUAUGAACUUGCUUACUAGAAGUUGCUGUGUGACAAAAUGUUCAACCACUUUAAAAAUAAGUACUGCUGUGUGAUUCAUAUUAACUGGAACACUAGACUCCCUGUAAGUCCUUGUUAUUGUUGUUUUAAACUUUCAAAACAUAGUUAGCAGUGGGCUGUGAAAAUUGACAAAAAGUCCAGAGAAUGAAUUGGGAGUAGUCAGUCUAUUAGAUGUCCAGCAAAAUGUAUGUGUGUUGUUUUCACAUCUGAACAGAAUAUAGUGUAUUUUUAAAACAAUUAGAAGAAUGUUAGUAAGAUAAAAUCACUUGAAUUGUUUCGUAGCAAUGAGGUUAAAGAAUACUAGUCUGAUUGAAUCUUUGUUAUGGUAACUAACGAAAACAUGGUCUUGUAAUGUGUGAAUAUUUAUGCAAAUAGCAUAAAUAGUUGGUAAAAUUGUGCAAAUGUGAUGGUGUGGUUCUUUUUUACCAGCUUAAAUAUGAUAGGAAAACACAAAGUCAUUUAGGGCUUCACUGCCCUUUAAGAAUACUAAUGAUAAUGACUGAAAGAAAAAGAGUUUGCCUAUUUAGGAGAGUUUUGAGGUAAUAGUAAAUGCAGGUAAUUUAUUUAAUAUUUACUGACCAGAGUUUGAGGUAAUAGUAAAUGCAGGUAAUUUAUUUAAUAUUUACUGACCAGUUUGUUGGUUAGUCUUGUGUAAAGAAUGCUCAGAAUGUGUGUUGUUUGUAUUCAAAGCCAAGAAGGUAGAAUGAUCUUAUUACAUAUUCAGCCAGAUCAUAAAAACACAAAAUGAUCAUGGAAUUACAUGUCUGAUGAGACUUUCUGGUUUUCACACAGUCAUAUGAAAACCUUGGUUACUUGUUAACACUUUACAUUGUAGUGAUGUAAAAAUAACAUCAUAUUUAAGAAACAAACCAUUAAAAGGAAAGCUGAUAAAAAUAAAUAAAUAUUUUAUACAAACACUGCAUGCCACUUAAACUUUAGCUUUUGUUUUUUAAAUACAUACUCAUUUCAUGUAGAAAAGAAAAAAACUAAGUAGGUGCUUGGCAUAGAUUUGUAUAUGUACAAGUUGUAUUGUACACCAUUGUUAGUUACCUGUAUUUUAUUGUAGUGUAUACUUUAUUAACAGCUAUGUCAUUUAUUGUUUGCACUGAUUCUUGGCAUAGAUUAUUGAUAACGUUUAUAAUAAAUAGGAAAUCUUUGUAUUGUAAAAGGUAACAUUCAAACCAAAGGUAAUUUAUAAGAAUAUGUUUGUAAGGCUGUGCCAUCAAACGAUUUUUUUUAAUUAACCAUACGACUUGCACAAUGUAUGGGUUAUGUAGCUAGUUUUACCUUUUUUUAGCAAAAUAAAUAUGGUGGAAUAUCUUCUAUUACCGAGUUUUACGGAUUGCUAAUACUUUUUUUUCCAUUUCAACUGCUGAAUGGUUAAUAGCACAGUUUCUUCAGAUUUAUUGCAUAAAAUAUUAAAAAGAGGAUGGUAUAUAGGAUAUAUUGAAUCUGUAUAGUACCCUGGACGUCCGGAUUUUGUGCUUAAUUUGAAUAAAUUGAUAGAAAGAACAGUGUAACAUAUAUGGCGCCGCAGUUUUUAUCGUUUAACUUAUAUUGUUUGUUAUGUGUUUAUGUAUACAAACAUCGAUACUUCGCAUUGGUAGCACUACCUAGUGACUUUAUUAAAUAAUGAAUUGCUAGCUAUACAUCUUUAGAAAUUUCUGACCAGGUAAUGUUCUUAUAUAAUCCAAGUGAUGCAGGGAACUUGCGUUGUUUUUUCCGUCCACCAGGAAGUUAGUUCCGUUUGCUGACACAUUAGUUUGUAUUUCUUUCGUAUAAAAACACAAAAAUGAGAAAUGGUCAGUGCAAUAUUUGAAUAUAGAUUUAUUUUUAAUUGUUUUUUGUUUUGUCAACAGUGAAACGCGUUAUAUAUUUAAUUUGGAGUUACUCGGAAAUGUAUUUCGUAACUUUGAAAUCGAAAAUUUUGUAUUUUUUCUCUUAGUCUGAGUAUUAUUUAUUCCACUAGUUAUAGAUUUUGUACCGAAAGCAACACUACGUGUAGCGUUUCUGAAUAAACAUUCCUAGUAUGGCAUUAUACGUUUCCCAGAAGAAUCCAAUUUCAAAUAAAAUGUUUCGAAACAA